GCAGCCUAUACACGGACACCUUACUUCUAUAUUUCUAAAACCCUACGCUAAAUCUCUUCUGUCUCGGCUUCUCUCCUUCGGCGGGAGAUUACUCAUUCUAGCCUUCCUAAUCUCUCUUCGACUGGAGGAAAAGUCCUCCCCAAACGAGUUCCCACACUUUACUCCAUUCUUUCCGCCGAAAAAACAAUCACCCUUCCCUUGUUUUUCUCUUCUCGGAGAAACCCUAUCGAACGAGAUGCAUCCCUUCUUCCCCUCCCUCCCCAACCAAAUCCAACCCCAAGGAGGCGCCGAUCCAUCUAAUCAACAGGCGAUGCUGUUAAACCCUACUCAGUUCCCAUCCCAUGGCCGAAACCCUCAAUUUCCAACUCCACCGAUGGCUAAUUUCAACAAUCAAAAUUCCAAUUGGAGAAAUGUCAGCGGAAACCCCAUGGGCAUGCCCAACCAGCCUCUUUCGAUGCCUUUUCCUUCCUUGCUGAGAGGUCCCAACGUGCCUCCAAUGGCCCAGAACAAUCAGAUGGGAGUUCUUCCCCAACCAGGGCCGUUUGGUAUGAACCAGGCUGUGCAAGCUCUGAACCAGGUCAUGGCGAUGCAGCUGCUCGGACAGCAAAAUCUCAACUUUCUUGCUUCGUUGCAACCAGGCAGCCUGUUUUUGGCCAACAAUUUGCCUCGCAACAUCAACCAAGUUGCGCCUCUGUCGAAUGAACAGGUUCGUCUGCAAGACCUAACGAUGCAAGGGAAUCAGAUCAGUUCUCUCAACUUUCCUCCGCCCUCUCAUCCUACAGGAUCUAACAACCCUGGCUUCGUUGGUACUCCUCAUAUGCCUACGAGUAAUUCAAAUACUAAUAUCGGUAAUGUGAAAUUAGCUUUUAAUGCCACGAAAAAUACAGUGGGUCAGAAUGGCAAGCCCAUCUUCCGAGGUCAAAUGCAGAAUCAUCAGUAUGGGAAGAAUAUGCAACGAAGUGGGCACUGGCCUCAGGUGAAUUCAGUUGAAGAUGGUAAAAGAAAUAUCAACUCUGAAAAUUCAUCUAGUAAGAAAUUCACAAGAAAUCUUCAUGGAUAUGGAAAAAGAGAAUCAUCACAUAUGAGAUUCCAGAAAUCUCAACUUCAUCACUCAAAAAAUCCAAAUGGAAGUAGGGGACCAUUUAACAGUCCUUGUAGAAGAGGACAGGACAGAUGGAGAGAGAGAAAACCUCAGCUUGCAAACUGUAGUGAACCAGCUACAGCUGGAAGCAAAAGGUGCCUUCCUGUAAGCUAUGCUGAAAAUGAAAUCCAACAAUGGCGUGAAGCACGCAGAAAGAACUUUCCAACCAGAGCUAACAUAGAAAGGAAAUUGACUGGAAGCGGCACAAGUAAUGAAGAUGCUGAUAGUGAUGCCAAACUCCGCUGCCAGCAAUUGAAGGAAGUUUUAGCCAAACAGGCAGAACUAGGUGUUGAAGUUGCUGAAAUACCUCCCAAUUAUCUUUCUCCUGAAAAUGAAAAUGAGAGGAAAGAACUGCAUGUGACUGACCGAUUUUCCAAUAAAUACAAUAAGAAGAGAGGUAGUCAUGGUCGGGAUAAGUGGAAUGCUAAAAGGCCAAAAUUUAAAAAUGAGGUAUCCACUGAUUCUUUUCCCACUGUUAAGAAAAGGGAACCAACCCUUCUGCAGAAGCUUCUGAACACUCAGAUAAAGAGAGACAAUAUCCAGCUGUUGCAAGUUUUCAGGUUUAUGACCUUAAAUUCUUUCUUCAAUGGGUUGCGUGAUAGGCCUUUGGAAUUUCCAGAGAUUACAGUAAAAGAUGCAGGACUGGAGAAUGAAAUUGGUUUAAAGAAGAAUCCAUCCUUGAAUAGUGUGGACAUUGAUGAUUCCAGAGCCAGCAAGAAUUUCUUAAUUGAGGAAAUCAAAUGUCAAAAAGAUUUGAAUGUAGUUAACAAUUGAGAAAGUGGAUCCAGCAAAGACAACAGUGAUAGUGUCAUUGAUGAGGAUGAAAGUGGAUUUUAACCAUGUGAGCAAGGAAAAUUCUAUUGGAGAGAGUUCUAAAAAAGCAGGAGGAGAAGAGAUCAGUGAUUAAAGAGAGAUCUUGCGGUCAUUUGGUACCUAAUAUGGAAUAGCCAAUAUAUGACUCUAUAGCUUAAUUUUCAUGUCGGACUAGGGUUUUUGAAAGGUGGGUUUUAUUUAUAUUUUUUUCCCCUCUUCCUGUUGAAACGUCUGCUGCUUUGCAUGAAAUGCCAAUUGUCAUGAAUUUAGAGCUUGAGUUUUACAGUAGAAUUCUUAUUUAGCUUGCUGAUAGUUCUGCAGAAUGGUGACUGUGGGCAAUAUUUGUUCAGGCUCAUAGUACACAGAGCUAUGACCUGUAAUUCCAAGUUAUCUGCAGGUCAACAAUUGGAUGCAACAUCGGAUUAUUAAGCUUAUGAUUUGGAUCUUAAGCAAUGGUCUAAUUUAGGAGCCUGGGUCUGUAUUCUCUUUUGGUCUGAAAAUGUGAAUGGAGCAUGGUUAAUUUUCAUCA